AUGCUUCGUACUACUAUUAAUCAUAUCAAGAAAUUUGAUGAUUUAGACAAGUGUAAAAAGUACAUUGAAGAAGCAUCAAAAGAUAAUAAAUUAGUAGUUCUUAUUAGUGGUCAAUUGGGUCGACAAUUAGUUCCUUUAAUUCAUCAACUUCAACAUAUUUCAGCAAUUUAUAUUUAUUCUGAAGACAAAAAUAAUAAAACUUGGGCUCGUGAUUUUCGUAAAGUAGUUGAAGAUUGUUAA